AUGUCUUCGAUGCAUUUUGUCGUUCAUCCAUUACCUGGAACAGAGGAUCAAUUGAUAGAUAGACUCAAGGAAGUAGCAGAACGUUGGAAUAGAUAUGGAACAGGUGCUGGAUCAUCAGCACUUGGUUCACUCAGGGGUGUAAGAGCCGUCGCUGCCGGUCCCGCUCACAUCGCUUGCCUGCUAGAGGAUGGCACUAUAUGUCGUGCUGCCUUUUCCAUCAUACCUGAUAGGCUCGAUCUAAGCAAAGCUGAUUCUACUAAAAACGGCGGCAACGGCGGCGGAGGUAGUGGUGGAGGAGGUACCGGUGGAGGCAAGCAAGGCGGCAGCGGUGGUGGUUGCGGGUCCCGUCAACAGCCACGAACUAGAGCUCGUAUUAUGAGAAAUUCAAUUCGUGCUGCACCCAGUUCUCAAGGAUCCACAAGCAGAGCAACGGGUGUUAUAAUUGGAGCAUCAGGUUCAGGGAGGGUGGUAUCUGUUCCUGCUCCAUUUGUACCUGAAGAUCUGGUGACUCAAGCUCAAGUUGUGCUUCAAGGCAAAAGUCGAAGUCUUAUUAUAAGGGAAUUGCAGCGUACGAACUUGGACGUGAAUUUGGCGGUGAACAACUUGCUGUCACGUGAUGACGAGGAAGGCGAGGAGCCCGAAGGCGGCGAGGGUGGUGACGGCUACGUUCCAGAGGAUCUCAUCUCGCUGCUCGACGGCGGGUUCCACGCUGCUCAACAGGACCACUCGGUCAUCAUCGACGCCGACGCUAUGUUUUCCGAGGACAUCUUCGGGUACGCGGCUAUCCGAAGUCGCAGUGGUGGCGGCGGCGGCAGCGGCAGCGGACGCGGCGGCGUGAGUCGUGAAAGCAGCAACUCUACUCAAGAGCGCCCUUCAGAGUUUAGUAGAUGGCGUGAACGUCAAUACUUUGGUCCGCGCAGGUGGCUCGAAUCUGCACUCCGUGAUACAUCUUGGGAGAAAGAUGGCGCUGAAAGCAAAAAGAAAGAUUCCGCAAUGGCAGCAUCUCCACUAUGGGUUUCCGAGGAGUUGGAAUACUGGGACAGCAAUAUUCGCUUCACACAUAUAGCGGCUACGUAUUCCGAGCUGGUGGCUAUUUCGACUCAGGGUCAGCUGCAUCAGUGGCGUUGGGCUGAUGCUCAUGCCUACCAGCGCACUGACACUACUGGAUCGAAUCACUUGUACCAUCCCCGUGCCAACUGGCUCGGUCUAGCGCACGGUGAACGCAUCAUCAACAUCAGCGCUGCUGGUAUAAGAGUAUCAGUGCUCACUGAUACAGGACGUGUGGCCACUUACCUAGAUGAAUCCAUUGCUCACGCCCCAGGCGCGCCACGUUUGGAGCAUCCACUGCAAACGUUUUCAGAGUUUGGAUCUGACAAGCCCGUAUCAUUACACGUGUGCUCUCUCUAUACUGUUGCCAGACUAGAAUCUGGAGCAUUGUAUUGGUGGGGUGUAUUGCCUCUUGGCCAACGUGCUCGGUUAUGGGAGAAGCAUCGUGCCCGUUCACGCAAGCAACAACGCGGUCACUCGUCAGCCGCACCACAAGAUCUCCAAGCGGGACAGAGUGUUACUAUGAAGAACGCUCCUAUGUACCAACCGGGUGCCAUUGGUUUCAACAUGUCGACUGGUGUACCGAAAGUGGGCAUCCUGCAGAAUGCAGCGUGGAAUCUCUCUGAUAUGUGUCGAUUCAAAUUGUUACCACCCCCGCAGCCCGACCGCUCAGUUUCGGAUAAAGACAAAAGGGAUCUACAGAACCAAUCGCCUUUGACGGUGUCGUCUGUGAAAGCUUCGUCAUCGAGUGGAAGCAGUAAAGAUGCUAACAAGGACAGCAACAAGGACAUGGCUGAUAGACUAGACAUGCCUCCACCGCCCAGCCCAGCGUCUUCAACGUGCAGCGACACUAGUACUUCACACAAACGUGCCAAACGAGUGACAGUGCGCGGCGAAGAAGGUUCCUCUAAUGACGGUACCAAACGUGACGAGGAGGAGUGGCCUCUGAAAGAGGUCGUAUUCCUCGAGGACGUGAAGAGUGUUCCGUUAGGCAGGGUGUUGAAAGUAGACGGCGCGUACGCAGCCGUACGUUUCCCAACUGUUGCGAAAGACGGGAAGGAAGUAGUGCCGUCUUCGCCAGACGAUUGGACUACACUGUUGCAAGAUUGUAGGCUAGUGAGGAAGGAUGAUUUGGUCGCGGUCAAAUGGGGUGCUGGUGGUGCAGUCGGACCAAGAGGACCGGACUGCUUACAACGCUCGCCGAGGAAAAUUGCGUUGCCCCCUGACGUACAAGUAAUCACUAUUGCGGUGGACAGUCGCGGUGUUCAUGCCGUCGUACGUCGGCCCGGUGGUGCCCUCGCGUAUGCGGUAUACGCUGUGGGAACUACUAGAGCACUAACAGACAGCGCUUUCCCCACCGAUAACAAUGCGUUACUCGGCUAUUCCAACGGGCAGGCUAUACAACUAGCGACCGCUGCUGAGGGUAGUGAGCCAGUUGUAAUAAUGGUGGACGGUAACGGUGCCCUGUAUCCCGUUGCGCGAGAUUGCGUGGGAAUGGUCCGUGAACCGCCGCCGUUGAAUCUGCCUCCUGCACGAGCGCUAGCUGCGCACGCACUGCCACUGCAUCCACACUCGGCAGCGCACGCCGCUCUAAAAUCACAAGUCGCUCUUAUUAUAAUAGUACCAGAACCUCAACUUAUGAUGCCAAGAGUUCUUCGCUGCGACCUUGAGGGAGUACGUCAGCUCCUCCAUCAGUUGGAAACAGACGCAAGCAAACAACAGAUAUUGUCAAUACUACAAGAACGAUGUGACGGCAAUAGGAACAUCCUGCACGCUUGUGUUCACAUGUGUGCGCCGACAUCAAACAAGGAACCGGAUAUAGGUAUAGAAAAUCCAUCAAUGCCGAACUUGGCUGGAAGCACAGGCGGUAGUGCCGCUAGCACUGAAGAAUCUGUGCCGGCUCUUUCCUGGGCACCUGAAACUUUCGAGGCAUCUGGUGAUGAAGAUAGUUUGAUGGGACUUACUAACAAUGGUAAAAUGUCUGGUGGUGGCAAUAAUGCUGGAGGUUCGGUGAGUGCAGACCCGGCAGAGAGGAGAGGCAACGCUCUCUCAGCUCUCAGGGCCCUCUGCGAGAGUACCGCACUGCAACCAUAUCUUAUGCAACUUCUCACUGCCAAGGACGGAAUGGGUCAAACGCCCUUGAUGGCCGCGGUGGCGGAACGCGCUUACCGCGCUGCAUUAGUACUGCUCGAUGCUAUCCGAGCAUGUCCGGACGCGGAUGAGACGCAGAGAUCUGCCGCGAUAUUCCCGCCCAACGCACACCCGGAUCACUCGCCGCUACUAGUUUUAUGCUGCAACGACACCUGCAGCUUCACCUGGACUGGACAGGAACACAUCAACCAAGAUAUCUUCGAAUGUAAAACUUGCGGACUCACUGGUUCAUUAUGCUGCUGCACUGAAUGUGCCAAGGUUUGCCACAAAGGACAUGACUGCAAACAGAAACAGACGUCGCCCACGGCUUAUUGCGACUGCUGGGAAAAGUGUCGAUGCAAAGCGUUGGUCGGUGGAAAUUGGGCCGCCCGCUGCGAUCUUCUCGCUAGAUUAGCUAGAGAUACACAGCUCGCUACACAUUUCAAUUCUAGAGGCGAGUCUAUCCUGCUCUUCUUAGUACAAACGGUAGGGCGUCAAGCAGUGGAACAGAGACAGUUCCGGGCGGGUGGCGGACGAGGACGCGGCCCUCGUAAGCAACCGGGAUCCGAUGCCGAAGUGGAUGCGCCAGAUCACGAUCUAGAUCCGCCGCGAUUCGCGCGACGUGCGCUUUUACAUUUACUCGGAGACUGGCCCGCUGUCGAGGCGGCGGUUAUGUGUGGCGCAACCACCACAGGUGAUACCGACAGCCGUCCUUCGAGCCCCGCGCCUAAUCAAUCUGGAACUACACUACUUGAUAAAUUCACGCAUGCGCUCAUCGUUAAGUGUACCAAUGAAAUGCUGGAUACUCUCCUGCAUACUUUAAUACGAGAGCAGCAAAAUGAAUUAAAACCAGGUCGCAUAGAACGCGCUCGUGAAGUGGCGCGUCGAUUUGUCCGAUCCGUCGCUAGAAUAUUCGUGAUAUUCAGUGUCGAGAUGGCUCCAGGUGCAGCUAAAAAGAAAGGGCCGGUGUCCAUAACCUCAUCGUUGAUUCGAUGCCGGCGCGUUUUCGCAGCGCUUGUAGCACUAGCGGUGGAAGAGCUAGUGGAAGCAGCGGACGCUUUGUUAGCGCCCGUGCGUCUGGGCGUUGUACGUCCGACCGCGCCAUUCCCGCUAGCCACUACCUACGUGGAUCUAGUUAACGGCAGCGAGGAUCUGUUCGGUGUGGAGCCUCUGUCUACAGGCCAUUCACGACUGGCACAUACUCGCAGGGAAUCGAAUGCUACCGGCAGCCGUGGAAACGCUACCGGUGUACACACUUCAAUGGGGAGCUCAACACUGGUACCGGAUCGAUCGUCGACGCCGGUCGCUACCGAGUACGCUGAUGACGUAGCGGGCGAAGCUUUGGGCGGUGAUGAUGACGCAUCCGAAACUGACGAGCCUAAUGUGCCCGCGCCCGUACCGCCCAGUGAUACCCAACAUCAUGACGACCCGAUGGGCGAGAGAGUACAAGAACAACACGUGGUAGUCGAGAAUGGUACAGAGCGCGCCGAAGGCGGUGAGAGUGAGAGUGAACUAGACCUUCUAGCAGAAGUGGAAACGGAGAGUGACUCGGAUGAUCAAGAUAAUGCAGAAUCCGCACAAAGAAGUGUUCAGACUGGCGCAACGCAAGGUUCUGACGUUGCCGCGUCGAUGAUACUGUACCCAGAGGAAGAGAGCGGGGACUCGACGCAGCCUGAAGACGAGGAUUCGGAGGCGGGCGAGACGGACGAACAAGACGGAGAGACAGAACCAGUGUUACAUGACGGUGAACCGCUCGAGAGAAGAGCUGCGCCUCCAGCAAGACCUAACCUGGCUCCACAUUCUAUGCAGUGGGCUAUACGUUCCCGCGAGACGAACCGCGGCACUAGUGGCAGUACGGGCGGAGUGCGCUUAUCCGGCGGCUCGUCGUUGGUAUUCAUAGACCCGGCGUCGCUGCGCCGCUCCACCGCCGCUGCCGCCGCCGGCGCCCACGACCCGCACUCCACUUCCACCACCGCAUCGUGUCUCGCGCGAGCUUUCGGCAUAGUGAUACGACAAAUAGCCGAUUUACUCUGGGAAUACGAGCGCGUAACGCUUCCACUUCCGAGGAUGGUUCCCCUCGCUUAUAGAGAAUCUCUGCGGUUGCAGUGCUACUUAGAAAGACAGCUGAAACCCACUUGGGACUGGCUUGUCACUGUAAUGGACGCGACAGAAGCUCAACUCAGAUUCGGCGCAUCUCUCACAUCGAACAACGCCAGUACAUCGGUAACGGAGGGCCGACAAAACGCCCCGGCGGCUCGGCGUGCUACUUACUUCACAUCCCCAGUUACUCGUAUCAUCGGAUUUUCAGAAGGGCCAAGGACAAGAGAUCGUGAACAAGGUGUAGAAGCCGGCAGCGCUCGUCGCGAGUUUCUAGCGUAUUGCCUAUCACUAUUGCGCGCUCAUAGUUCAGAGCACGCGGAACAAUUGCCCGUAUUGGACGUGGCCGCGCUUAAACACGUGGCGUACGUGCUAGACGCGCUCGUGUACUAUAUGCGCGCCGCUCAACCUCAGCCACAUCAUCACCAUCAUCUGUGGACACCGGACGAGAAUGAAAACGAAGAAGGCGACGAAGAAAUGGUAGUAGGUGGUGGCGCCGCCGCAGAAUCUGACGGUGAAGGAGACGGCGCGCGCGGACGUACACACGCGUUCUUCCAACGAUCAGAGUCCACACUGUGUCUCGGUUGCCCACCACCGGACCCAUUUAAUAUGACUAUGCAAGACGCUUUGCCUCUUGCGGAUCUACCACAAUUGCUGCAACCAAACGCUCGACGAGAGGAACUAUUUGGUAUGCCACGACAACCCGUCACCGUGCCAACGUCCGGUGAUGCACCGCCUGGAGUCAACAAUCCACUAGAAGUGGUGCCGCGUCGGUUAGGGCUAUCGAGUCGUGGUACUGACCGAGGUUGGUCACCUCCCGCCCGGCCCGCAUCAGCCCCACCAGCACACGCACAUUCUCUAGUACGCGACGAACCACAGGAUCUUUCUUGUACCAAGGAUAUGACGACAAAAAUGGAUAUUGACACAGACGGAGAAUAUUUAUCAGACUCUGAUUCUAAUGAAGCAAGACAAAUACCUAGGAAAAAGCAUCACAGACAUCCGCACACUGUGACUAUGUCGACGGCAGGUUCGAUGCAGGAACCCACUGCUCAACCUUCCGAGUUCCAUACCCUGGUGGACACUGCUUGUUCCAUCAUUGAAGCUCCUCACCAACAAGGCAUCAUGACUUCGCCGUCGCCUGGUCCGAGCGGCGUGGUCCCCCCAGAGCCCCGUGCGUCUUCAUCUCGUAGCCCCGUCAAGACUGUUAUUGUACGUGCUGGUGAACUAUUGAGCGCAGCUGACCCGCUCGAGUCACAGGAGAUAUCUGCUCAUGUAACUGUAGAAACCACAGGCCUUCCGCCACCUCCAUUACUUCCACCUUUGAACACGCCGGCACCGCCUCGGGCGUGUCCGUCAUUAGGAGCGUCAGUGUCUCAUGACUUACUACUGGGUCGGUGGCGAUUAUCCCUGGACUUGUUUGGGCGAGUGUUCACUGAGGACGUCGGCUUGGAGCCAGGCUCUGUUGUAGCCGAGCUGGGUGGAUUCCCCGUCAAGGAAGUGAAAUUCCGACGUGAUAUGGAGAAACUACGCAACUCGCAGCAACGGGAUCUCACUCUGCAUAAGAUGGAGCGUGAUCGCGCCAAGUUACUGCAGCAAACGUUCGCGGAGUUGAACAGCGCGUUCGCCGGUCAGAAUCGUCGCGCGCACACCGCACAGCCGCCGCUCGCGGUCAACCGGGUGAAGGUCACAUUCCGAGACGAGCCAGGCGAAGGGAGCGGCGUCGCCCGCUCCUUCUACACGAGCGUCGCUGAGGCAUUGCUUGCCAAUGAAAAAUUACCACCGUUAGAGCCAACGACCGGCAGUGGAAGUAACAGCAGUAGUAGUACGAAUGGUACUUCAGGAUCGACCGGAACCACCGCUAGUGGCGCGAGCAGCAAUACUGGCUCGGGCAGGAGCGGUGCGGGCAGGGCUCGGUCUAAAGAUACCGCGCGGCGGACGCCCGGCCGUCCCGCGCCGCGACCGCCCGCCGCUCGGGAACAGCGUCGCGUUCUCAGCAUUGACGCCAGACCAUACUCACCACAGAAUGAUGGUUUACAGGCUGCGCCUGGCACCGAAGGUGCUGGAUACAGCGGCGAAAGACCUGGAGGACAUAAUGAACAUCUCACACUGCAUCAAGCUCAACUUGGCGAAAGGCUAUACCCUAAGGUUCAUUCCCUCCACCCAACGUUUGCUGGUAAAAUAACUGGCAUGCUGUUGGAAUUGACACCGGCACAGCUCCUAGUGUUACUAGCAAGUGAAGACGCUCUUCGGCAGAAAGUUCGCGAGGCUAUGGAUCUCAUUGUAAUGCACCCGUCUGAGGCCAUCCUGGGUAUAGAUCUGGACGUGUUCUCCCUGUCCGAGCGCAGCGGCAGUGGCGGCGCCAGUGGUAACGGCGGAGGGGGCGGGAACGGGAACGGUGGCGGUGGCGGAGGCGGAAGCGGUGGGUGCGGUAACGGUGCCGGUGGUCCGGCGAGCGGGAAUUCGGCGGCGACGCCGCCGGUGGCGGACGAUGCGGCGCCGCUCUUCUACUCGCCCGGCAAGCGAGGAUACUACUCCCCGCGGCAGGGACGCGCCAGCGCCGAGAGGAUUAACGCAUUCCGGAAUGUUGGCAGAAUCAUCGGAUUAUGUUUGCUACAAAAUGAACUAUGCCCGAUGUUCCUGAACCGGCACGUGCUGAAAUACAUCCUGGGGCGGCCUGUGCGGUUCCACGACUUAGCAUUCUUCGAUCCCGUCGUGUACGAGAGCUUGCGACAGCUCGUUGUCGACGCGGAGACUGGCGAUUCACAUUCUUUAUUCGCUGCACUAGAUCUCAACUUUAGUUUGGAAAUGUGUGAAGAGGAGGGAGGUGGAUGUGUGGAGUUAGUACCCGGUGGUCGCGAGUUAGAAGUAACCGCUCUCAACGUGUACGACUACGUGCGAAAAUAUGCGCAACACCGCAUGCUACUGUCACAGGAGAAAGCAUUAGAGGCAAUGCGUGUUGGAGUUCUGGACGUUCUACCCGAGUCCGCGUUAGAGGGCUUGACGGCGGAAGAUCUCAGACUGUUGCUGAACGGUGUCGGCGACAUCAACGUGGCCGCUUUAGUGUCGUACACCAGCUUCAACGACGAGAGCGGCGAGCCGCCGGAGAGAUUGGCGCGCUUCAAACGCUGGCUGUGGGCGAUCGUCGACAAAAUGACACAUCUCGAGCGACAGGACUUGGUGUACUUCUGGACGGGAUCACCUGCGUUGCCCGCGUCCGAGGAGGGUUUCCAGCCGAUGCCAUCUGUGACGAUCCGUCCGGCAGACGACGCGCAUCUACCCACCGCCAACACUUGCAUCUCACGGCUCUACAUACCGCUCUACUCCUCCCGGCACGUGCUCAAGCACAAACUCCUACUAGCUAUCAAAACUAAAAACUUCGGUUUCGUUUAAACGCUCGCUGCCAUUAUCGUGUAUUUCUUUUAGUUUUAAGCCCAGUUAUGUAAGACUGUCUUAAUUGAACACACCCCGCUGUGUAUCUAAUACGAAUCCACGUUUAAUGCCAUAAUUAGCUCAACUGUUUAUUGAUUAUUAGUACUGACUAGUACCGACUUACGCAACUGUAUGUUUUGUAUUUAUCUCGAUUUAUGUCUAAACUUUAUUUUAAUUUACAUGACUGGGUAUGUUUGACUGAAUAGUAAUAUUCAAUACGCAGUAAUAUUUCAAUAAAGGUAACUCCCUUCCCAUCUCCAUGUUCUGCACAAGUACAUGUAAUUUUUAAACUUUUAAGCCCAUAGACCAUAAGUAUUUGUCUCGAAAAAUAUUUAUUAUAUCGAAUCACGAAACAAUAGAAUCAUCAGAUAAAAAUGUUGAUUGUUAUCGUAAAUCAUUUCUUUUCAAUAUUUUUUUUGUUAGUUUAAUUUUUUUCUGUAAUGGCCUAAUUUAUCUGUGCAUUUGAUCGCUUCCCUCUAUUAUUUAUUAGUACUGCUUGUUGGGAGAUAAAAGCAGCGUGACUCGUAAAUAUUAC